AUGCAUACGUUAGCCUAUAAACACAGCAAUGCUCACGACGAUGGUAUUUGGUCAUGCGGUUGGGGUGAAUUGCGAACUACAAAAACUAUAGAUCGAGACGAUUUUGAUAAAGAUGAUGAGUCCGACGAAGAAGUACAAGAACUUUCAUCUGAUUGUAUAGUUACUGGUUCCAUUGAUGAAACUGUGAAAAUAUGGAAUUAUGAUAAGGCGACCAAUCUCAAUAUUGACAAAACUCUUAGCGAACACUCACAAGGUGUGCUAUCUGUUGCACUGAAUUCAGAUGCAUCGAUAAUAAUUGCAGUGCAUUAG